CCAAGCACCUUGGAGGCCGGACCUCGGCCCGCAGUGCGGGCAGGGGCGGGGAGGAGGGACCAAGGCUGAGCCCCGCCCCUCGCCAGCUGCUGGGCCUCUGGAGUGAGGGCACCGAGCUGCCCUGCGGCUGAGUGAGCCGGGCUAGGAUGGGCCAGGUGAACUGCAGGAGCCUGUGCCUCAGCCUGUUUGACUACAAGACCGAAAAGUAUGUGAUCGCUAAGAACAAGAAGGUGGGACUUCUCUACCGGCUGAUGCAGCUGGCCAUCCUGGCUUACCUGCUGGGGUGGGUGUUCCUGGUGAAGAAGGGCUACCAGACGGUGGACACCUCCAUCCAGAGCUCGGUCAUCACCAAGGUCAAAGGUGUGGCCUUCACUAACACUUCAGAGCUGAAGGAGCGGCUUUGGGACGUGGCUGACUAUGUCAUCCCCUCCCAGGGAGAAAAUGUUUUCUUCAUUGUCACCAACAUGAUUGUGACCCCGAAUCAGCGACAGACCACCUGUGCUGAGAACCCCAAUAUUCCAGGUGCUGUGUGCUUCCAGGACAGUGACUGUCCCAAAGGAGAAGCCAUCAUCACUGGGAAUGGAGUGAAGACUGGCAACUGUCUCAUGGGGGGCAGCAAUAACAGUGGCACAUGUGAGGUGUUUGCCUGGUGCCCAGUGGAGAAGCUGGCCAAGCCCAAGGAGCCCCUUCUGGGACAGGCUGAAGACUUCACCGUCUACAUAAAGAAUACCAUCCGCUUCCCCAAGUUCAACUUUUCCAAGUCCAAUGUGCUACAGACCAAAGACAGAAGCUUUCUGAAGUCCUGCCACUAUAGUCCCGAGACCCUCUAUUGUCCUAUCUUCCGGCUGGGCACUCUGGUCCACUAUACUGGGAAUGACUUCCAGGAGAUGGCCUCUGAGGGUGGGGUGAUAGGGAUCCAGAUAGAAUGGGACUGUGAUCUGGACAGAGCUCCCUCGGCCUGCAAUCCUCAGUAUUCCUUCAGCCGUCUGGACAACAAAUUUGCUGAGAAGUCGGUCUCCUCUGGAUACAACUUUAGGUUUGCCAAAUAUUACCAAGAUGCCAACGGGGUUGAGUUCCGCACACUGAUGAAGGUCUAUGGGAUCCGCUUUGAUGUGCUGGUGAAUGGCAAGGCUGGGAGGUUCAGCAUCAUCCCCGCGGUCAUCAAUGUGGGAACAGGAGUGGCUCUUAUGGGUGCUGGAGCUUUCUUCUGUGACUUAGUGCUCAUCUACCUGAUCAAAAAGAGCCACUUCUACAGAGAUAAGAAAUACGAAGAAGUGAGGCUAACCUCACAGAAAUUCCUGUCCAGGCGCCUGGUAAAUGGGAAACAGGACUCGGGCUGUCCAGGUGGACCGGAGCCACCGGAGCAACUCCAGACGGUGGAGACGUAGUCAGAGCGACAGCCCUGCUGCAGAGGAGCAUGGGAAAGCGGCUCGCAGGCCCCCAGGGUGGGCCAGCAUCACCAGGAUGGGGCACACCCAUGUGCCAUCCCCGGCUCCCCAGAACCUCCUUGUGUGUCUGACAGUUGCAGGCCACCCCUGGCCUCUGGGUAUUCGGGGCCCAUGGCUCCUGAAGGGGUCAGCCACUCUGGACAUAGUAGAGAAGGUGGGGAAGGGACAAGCUCACCACAUGGACCACACCGAGGGGCUGACAUGAGGCCAGCAUGGAACCUUCCUCUUCAUGUUCCAAGUCGGGCUAAGGGAGCAUGCGGGGGAGCAGUACCCUGGGCCCCUGGGAGCCCCCUUUGAGGAGGGAACACAGUCAGAGGACCCAGGCUCUUACCUGGGGCAGUGCCAGCCUGCCUGCCUUGGGCCCCUGCGUGUCAGAGUUGGGGAGGGGGCUACAGCACUGCCUGGCUCUUUGGGGGUGUCUCUGGCAGUCAAGCGAGCCCCAAUCUCUUGGUGUGGGGGGGGUGCUGCUGGAGACAGGCAACUUCUGGAAGGUAGAGCCUUCUCUCUGCUCAUCCCCUGGACCACAAACUUAGAAUUCAACUUAGGUGUGUGGUGAGGAUGGCUGAAAUGCUCUGCAAACAUUACCCAGACUUCCAGGACCAGUGAGGUGGCACUCCCAUCCUGCCACAGCCCCCCGGGGCUUGCCCCCGCCCCCCCCAGGGGCAAAGCUGGGGGCCCAGCAGCAUUGCAGGCCAGGCAGUGGGGGCGGGGUCCACUCUUCAGUCAGCCAGUCUUGCUUGGAGGCCCCCAGUGAUGGGCAGCCCUUGUGUCAAGGAGCCAAAUACAAGUGAGAGGCACCUGUGGGUGAGGAGGGGGGGGGGGGCGCACUUCUAAGAGGGGCAUGUGUGCAGCUUCUUCCCUUGGGCAGCACCAACGUUUCUGCACAAUAGAGCUUUAAUAAAUGCCUUG